AUGUCCAUCCGGCCUCCGACGGUUAAGCGUUUUGAUGAGUUUUAUCAGCCGAGGUGUUUGAAUCUGGAAGGGGUCGAAGGCUUAAUUUGCUGCCGGAAUACUGCGUGGAAUCCGACUACCCAGAAGAAGUUCGAUCUUCCCACUCAGUAUUUGAGGAGCAGCACAAUGGUUCUCCCCCUUCGUCGUGGGAUUGUGGAUUGGGAAACCCAAUUUCAAAUCCAAGUUAUUAAUGUGGUAGGAAAUGGCGAUAAUGAGAAUAAUUCAUGGAGAGACAUCACUCACCUUGUCCACCAGCAACGCAGAGUCAAGCCACCACCGUGGAUGGAAGAAGACCAAUACCUACAAGAUUUCUUACAAGAAGAUGGAGGAGGAUAUAAGGUGCUCAAAGUUGAUGAUGAUGGAGGGAAUAAACUGAUCGUUCUGCAUCCAAAAGGCGGCCAUUUUGAAGAUGGGGGCUAUGGUAAUGAAUAUGGUUGUGAGGAGCCUAUGCCUGAUUGUUUCAAUGUGGAAGGUAUAGAAGGAUUAAUACAAUUUUGUGAGGAUCCGGCCACCAAUGGGGAAGAGUGUAAUCUCCCGAACCCGUGUUUUUCCAUCAACACAAUGGAUUUUCCGGUUGGUUGGAAGACCAAUGAAGUUGAGUUUGAGAAUGCUUACUAUCUUGGUUAUGAUACCUUUACUGAAAAAUACAAGGUAUUAAGUGUUUGUGUCGCUGAUUCAAUGUGUGAAAAGUAUCUUGGAGAAAAGGUGCAUCUUGAAGGAAAAUUUCAAAUGCAAGUUAUUAAUUUAGGAUCUGAUGAUGAUUAUAGUGGCUCAUGGAGAGACAUUACUCACCAUGUCCCAGAUGAAGCCAAGACUGAAGGAAUGACUGUCUUUCUGUACCCAAAUAACCCGUCUCUUUACUUUAAGAAUGAGAUUUACAUCUUGUUUAGAUUUCCUGGUUAUGAUGCUGUCAUGAUUUUCUCGGUUGGUGAAGAAACAUUUAGGUUUGUACAACUUCCGGAAGAAUUGGAACUUAUCAAGGAAGAAAAGCGGGUUAUGAUUGAGGUCAGAGAAUGCGUUGCUUUGAUGAAAAUGAAGAAGAAUAGAAGUAAAGGCACUGAGAUUUGGAGAUUGGUCACUAGUCCUGAUCAAAGUGAAGACCGGGAAAAGAUCAUUGUACCGACUUGGCCAGAAUUUGUGCAUCAAGAAUCUGACAAAUCUGAAGUGUUGGAACACGUUGUGGGUUGUGCAAUCAAUGACAGGGAGAACCUUGUUCAAUUGAGGGACAAGAUGCAGAAAAGAACCUAUUGUUCUUAUUGGGAUAUUAAAGAAGGGAUCUUCAGAAAAGCUCCGAGGCUCGAGCUAACUGGUGACAUGUAUGGUGAUAUCUAUUUUAAACAUGUUGAAACUUUAUUCGAUCCCACUGCAAAGGCAAAAUCAUCACAAGGAAUGGUAGGAGCUGAGGUUAUGUGA